AUGUCUCGAGCGUUUCUCCUCCUCCUCGCGCUAUCCGCGUUAUUAGCAGCAGCCGCCGGCGUCGCUGCUGCGACGAAGCCCCCCCGCUCAGGCGGGGUCGCUCUGCGCGGCGGCGACGGCAGCGUGACCGGCGGGACGGCAACAGCAGGCGGGCGCGGCGGCAGCGGUGGUCCGCACGCCGUUUCGCACGGCGAUUCGCGGCACGGCGGGAUUCCCGGCGGCGGGAGUGACGAGGAGAGGGAGGACGGCGACGGAGGCCACGGCGGGCAUGGCGGCCGGGGGCACGGGGAUGUUGGUGGUAGCAGUAGCCAUGGCGGCGGGCUGUGCGGGCGGGGCGGGUGCAGCAACGACGCAGGCGAAGUGGGGUACUGGAAGCUGCCCGACUAUGGCCGCUGCAGCAUUGACACCAGCAGCAGCAGUGGUGGUGCGCCGCGGAAGGCAAACGAGGCGUGGUGUGCGGGGGCGGCUAUGGGCGUGAGGGAGUGCUGCAGCCGAUGCAGUAGCACCAACGUUACCGCCGAUGGCACUCCCUUCAACUGUCUCCACUGGGUGCACAUUCCAUCUCCUGACUCUCACGACCGCCGCAGCAGCGAGCAGCGCGGCAAGUGCGUCCUCAUCCCGGCCGUGGACACUCUCACGCCCGAGAGGGCCCGCAAGGGGCGCUGCGGCACCAACACGGGCGGUGACACGAUGAAGGCGAGUGGGCGAGGGGCAAAUGGAGGCGGAAUUUGGCGCAGCGAUGAAGCUGGCGAAGAAGGCGAAGUAGGCUGUCUUGGCGAAUGGCAACGAAAUCGGGAAGGAGGGUUACCAGUCGGGGAAGGACAUCCAGAUACUGGCGCUGAUGGGGGGCCGGAGCGGGAAAAGCGCGAGAUAGACAAUGCAGAAGCAGAAGGGGGCGACGGCGGCGGAGGAGGGAGAGAGGCAUCCGAAGCAACAGGAGGGCUCGAGGGGAAGUCAGCUGAUGACGUCCCCGUAUUCGCGGAUGACGUCAGAAUUCCAUCGGAUGACGACACGAUGUCAGUGGAUGACGUCAUGACUCUCCUGUUCUCCCAGGACCCCCUACUGGCCCGCGCUGCUGCCGUCACUCUCAGCCACGCCCUGCUGUCGCCCGCCCUCUCUCACGCAGCAGCAGCAGUGGUAACCCGUUGCUGGCAGGCCACAGUUGCUGCUGUCGUUGCUGCCGCCACUACCCCUGCUGCCCCUGCCUCUGCUCCUGCCCUUGCCAGGGCCUCUACUGCCGCUGCCAAUGCUGCCUGUGCUGCUUCUGCUGCCAGUUUCUCCCCCACCCGACGCUGCUCCCCUUCCCCUGCUCUGCGAUUCCUGCUACUCCGCGCCUCUCCUCCUGCCUGCCCUCCCUCACCUGUGCUUUCCAAGCCAACUCCAAGGUCCCCUCGUGCCUGCCCGCCCGCUGUGCCAAAUAAAGGAGAGGGAGCGACCGUCGAGGGCAGCAGCAAUACUGGUUUGACGAUUGGGCCUCUUCCCUGCACUGCUCUUCGCUCGAGUACCAUCGUGCCUUUGCCCCGUUUUCCCUCUAAUUCCACUCCCAACGUGCCUGGGCCGAGUGCUCCUGUGGUCAAUUCCACUCCCAACGGUCACGUGCCCUGUGCUGCUCUCUCUCUCUUCCACUCUCUGCUCAAACGCUGCCCGCACUCCCCACCCCGCUCCACCCUCCGCCUCUUUCCUGCGCGCCUCUCUGCCCUUGCCCAAGCGGCCGCCCUCGCUCUCCUGCACGCCACACCAUGGCCUCCCCUCUCUCGCCUCUUAGCCUCCUCUUCUGCGGACUCCAGGUCCCGCUCCUUGCUGCUGCUGCAGGGGCGGCAGGGGCAGCAGUGGGAGCAGGGGCAGUCGUUGGAGCAGCAGCAGGAGGGACAUACUGGGAAACAACAGGUCUUGGAAGCAGCAGGAGCAGCAGCAGCGGAACGGGCAAGAGCAGCAGCAGCAGCUGCAGCAGCAGAGCUGGCGGCGGGAUGGUUGACUCGCCUGCUGUCCGCCUGUGUCAGCACCGUCGCCAACAGCAAUGGCUUCAGCAGCAGUGAAAAUCCUGGCACCAGAAGCAAUAGAGGCGAUGGCGAGUUUGCUGAUGUCAGCAGCAGGCAGGGUGAAGACACCACCACCAGUGAGAGGGACAGUGAGCGCAGCAGCAGCAAGGGGAGGAGCGCAGAUUGUUCUGAGCGUGUGCUGAUGGGGGUGCGCGUUGAGGCGACGGAUGGGGCGUCUUCAUCCGGUGAUGAGGCGAUGUUAGAGGCGUCUUCUUCUGUGCAAAGCGUGCUGGCAGUGGUGCACACAUGGGUAUCUCACUGCCUCCUCCCCAUGCUCGUCCAUGCCCCAUUGAGUUCUCCUGUUGGCUCGUACCCUCCCGGUCCCAGUCACUCCACGUACCUUCACCAUAAAUCUCUGGUAAGGCCUCAACCGCCCACCAUUCUACCCACGCACGCACCUCCCCUUCGCUCUCUUUCCUGCUCUCCCUGGCCCACUGCUCUCCCUGGCCCACUGCUCUCCCUGGCCCACUGCUCUCCCUGGCCCACUGCUCUCCCUGGCCCACUGCUCUCCCCCCUCUUUUAG